GCUGAGUGUGUGUACGCUGAGCAUCUCUCUGCGAGUAGGAAGAGAAACUACGCUAAAAAGUACCGCCAAAGCAUCUCAGGUGAAAUCAGUCUCCAGCUGUAGCUGUACCGCAACAGUGUGAGUUACAGCGGGUUUUCUUCACUGUCUUCCAGCUGUGGAGAUGAUGGAGGAGAAUGAGGAGCAGUCAGACCUCAGUGUGAUGGAGGGGAACAACGACGGAGACAGCUUCAGGCUUCACAUGGUGACGUGGAACGUAGCCACAGCUGAUCCUCCAGACGACCUGACCGUGCUUCUCCAUCUGAACUCCCCAAAGAGCCCAGACCUCUACGUCAUCGGUCUGCAGGAGGUGUACUCAGGGCCUUUGAGGUUUGUGUCGGACAAUGUAUUCGAUGACCCGUGGAGUCAUCUGUUUAUGACCACCUUGGGACCACGGAAAUACAUUAAGGUGUCAUCCAUCAGAAUGCAGGGUCUGCUGCUGCUCUUCUUCUCCAAGCUGGACCACGUCCCCUUCAUCAGAGACAUCCAGGCCACAUACACACGCACAGGCAUUUUCGGUUAUUGGGGUAACAAAGGUGGCGUGUCCAUCCGUCUGUCUUUCUACGGCCACAUGCUGUGUUUCCUCAACUGUCACCUGGCUGCACACAUGAAAUACGCCACAGAGAGAGUGGACGAGUUCGAGUACAUCCUGGACACGCAGACCUUUGACUGUAAGAAGGCUCCAACAAUUGUUGACCACAGGCUGGUCUUCUGGUUUGGAGAUCUUAACUUCAGAAUUCAGGACCACGGCAUGCACUUCGUCCGCUCCUGUAUCAACAACCAAACGUUCAGCCUGCUGUGGAGCAAAGACCAGUUGACCAUGAUGAAGAAGAAAGAACAGCUGCUCCAGGAGUUUGAAGAAGGACCUCUGGACUUUCAGCCCACGUACAAGUUUGACUUGAACUCCGACACUUAUGACAGCAGGGUCUACAGGACUUGGUUUGGCUUUAACGGGAAGAAGCGUAAACCCGCCUGGACCGACAGGAUUCUGUGGCGGCUCCGACCCAAAGCCCCGCCCCCUGACGAGCCAGAUGACAGUGGGGUCGGACCAGAUGUAAAGAAGGCCGUGCAUGUGGAGGAGGAUGAGGAGUACCCUCUGAAGGUCAGGCAGGAGUUGUACACCAGCAACAUGGAGUACAGCAUCAGUGAUCACAAACCUGUCGUCAGCAUCUUCACGCUGGAGCUGAGGAAGAUGAUCGAGACUCCUCUGGUGCGUCUGCAGGCGGAGGGCGACUGGAGCGCAGACAUUGACGCCAUGGUUAUCUACAGCCCUCUGCAGCCGUUCCCCUCCAGCACAUGGGACUGGAUCGGACUCUAUAAGGUUGGAUUCACCAGUGUGUCGGACUACAUCACCUACACGUGGGUCAAAGACGACGAAGUGGCCUUUAAUGAAGAAGUCAUACAGGUGUAUGUUAGUAAAGAGGAAAUCCCUGUGCGGGGAGGAGAGUGUGUGCUGUGCUACUUCAGUAGUACUCUGCAGUGCAUCAUUGGAAUCAGUGAUCCAUUCAAGGUCCAUGAGUCUAAGGUAGCCAGUGAGGAAGGCCUGGAGCCGGAGAAGAUCAACGGACUCAACCAAACCGUAGCCAGCGACGACUUUUGGAACUGAUCUAUGAGGAGUCGUAGAUGUGGUAUGAUAGAGGUGGAUCUGCCUGAACCACAUCACGUAAUUUAAUUAGUGUGUUUCCUGAUUUGUCUCCAGAGGAGCAGAUCAGGAAGUGUUGCCUGUUCAUGCUGUGACACAUCCCCACUGACCUCUCUAAUGCUACUGGUGUGGCUGUUAGGCCUCGUUCAGACAUAUUCAGAGUUUAUCCAGAUUAAUUUUAGAAAGGCUGUACGUAAAAAAAAAACCCCACAUGAAAUGUGAUUUUUGCAAAUCAGAUCCAAACCACAUUUGGAGGUGGUUUGAUAUCGGAUUUCAACAGAUGAGAUUCAGUCCGACAGCUCUGCCCUUUCAAAUUGGAUUUUCAAGUGUUGUUUGUGUCAUGACACUCAACGUCAUACAUGAGCCCAAUUCAUGCUGCUACGAGCAGAGCAAUAUGGACGAAAGGUCGCUGCUCUCUGUCGCUGUUUGAUGUGAAGGGUGAAAGGUUGGACCUCCAUUUCUCAUGCUUGCAUGUUGAAAUGACACAUCGCCAGCAUAGCUACCAGAGUUUACGCUACACUUUGGUUUUUUGACGGCCAAUAUGAAGUAUAUUUUAAAUAUUCAUGUAAUAGCCUACAUUUAAAGGCAAUAAAACACUUUAAACUAAAUAACUACUAAACGACUACUCGGACGUUUAGUGACAGGCAAAAGAGGAAAAGGCCUCGGUGCGCUAAUCGUCACCAUAAAUCGGGGGUGUCAAACUCAUUUUAGUUUAAGUUCCACAUACAGCACAGUUUGAUCUCAAGUGGGCCGGACCAGUAAAACCAUUGCAUGAUAACCUGUAAAUAACGAAACCUUCAAAUUUGUCGCUCUCUUCCAGUGUGAAGAAGUAACCUUACAGGUAACUCACAUCCUGAAAAGGUCCACAGUCAAUAAACAAAUCCAUUUACAAAACAAAUGAUGAACAGCCUGAGAUUAAGGCUGAAAGAUGACAGAAAAAUAAGUGCAAUUUCCACAAUAUGUCCGUCAGUAAACUCACCUUCAGAGUGUGGCUUUGAUGCUGAUGCUAUUCCGUUAGCAUAAGGUAGCUAGCUUUCACAGCUGCACUGCUGAUCUCUCAGCUAAAACUAAAACCAGACUUAUGUUUCCUCAAACCCGACAACCAUUAAUUUACCAUCUCUGUUCUUAGUUGUCCUCCCAAGUUGCUAAAUUUUUCGCCAUAAUGAGUUGAUAGUGGUGUUAAAUAUAAUAUUUCAUUUGGACUAAAAGGUACAGCAGUGAACUUGAAGUGGGUUUAAUGACUUCCCAGCAAUUUUUUCACUUAGCUAAGUCAUUAAGUGGGCCAGAUUGGACCCUUUUGGCGGACUGGUUCCGGCCCACGGGUCAUAUAUUUGACACUCCUGCCAUAAAUCAUUAAGCCUGCUAUUUACCGUCUGGCUCGCCAUCGUGGAGUGAAGCGUAUCGUCACUGGAUGUGGCGUAAGCUCUGAACAGGCAUGGACGAACUCUGUUCGGUUUAGAGGGAUAGUUAAUAUCCCAAAAUCUGGUCUGCUGAUUUAAGUUUAUAUUUAAGUCGUCCGGGCAACAUAUCCUAUAGGUCAGUUGUUUGAUACGCGAUUAGAAAGUUUAUUUAUUUGACAUAUUUCCAACCGGACAUUUAAGGUUUUGAUAUUUUCAUCUGACAGUCAACUACACGCGAUACACUUAAAAGCUGCCGGCUAACGUAAACUCUGGUGGCUGCGUAGUUACUGAGACCUUCGUCGUUACCAUAGCAACCCAUGCAGAUAGUUUGGUGGUGUCCGGACACACAAAUCUGAUCUGAUCACAGCUCAGAGCAGACAGUCUGUCUUUGAGAUCUGAUUCGAGGACCAAAUCUGAUUCACCUUCAGUCUGAACGCAGCCUCAGCUACUCACACCUCCGUGGUCAGAGCACGACUUCCUCUGUAGGGUCAUUUUCUCUACGUACGUUUACCAGAAUUUAAACUUUGACUGAAACAAUACAAAUGUGGCAUUUAAGAUAUGAAGUGCUUUGAUUGAACAUUAUAUGUUUGGUUAAUGGGGAAUAGGAUGUAACAGGUUAUUGAUAAACAGAAGGUGAGGUAUGUCGUAGGAUCUGUACAGUCUGCUGCUGUGUGUCAGUAGAUAAAAUGCAGCUGUGUGAAAAGCUCCAUUAUGUGUAAACUCUGUGUUUUAAUGCUGAACUUUAAACGCUCUCACAGCUGCUUUGUGUGGCUGAUAGAAACGCUGGAUCACUGAAUAGUUUUGCUUGUUUGGAGACGUGAAAACACUCCACCUGACUGCUGCAGUGAUGAAAAGGGAAUCGCAAAAUUAACUAAACUCUUUGGCUAGUUUAGUGUCAGCUGUGUUCAUAUGGAGUUAUUUUGCAGUGAGAAAUUAGCAAAUUAAUGUUCACUGCUUCCUUAGCAAGUAUGAAGAGAGAGGUUAACUUAAGUCAUUGUGUGGAUGUGAUUAAGAUGCAUGUUCAUGGCAAAGCGAAUACGAUGCUGGAGUUACAGCAGUUUUCACAGCAGAUGCCUUCAUUAGUAGCUCAUAUUAAGUUUCCUUGUUUUCAUUUUAAUCUAACUCAAAGCUUUAAGAUCAAGUGCUUGUUCAGGAGAUAAUCAGAGCUUCAAACCUGUGGGUGAACCAAUAGGCUAAAGCAGUGGCUCCCAGCUGGUGGGUCGUGGUCCGAAAGUGGGCUGUCAACUUGCCAACAUGUCAAGUUUGUUAAAAACACACUUUAUUUUAAAGUACAGGGAAUUUCCAGCACAGAGCUUUUAUUUUGAAGUGCCGUUUCCUGCUGUAGAGUGCGUGACUUACAGACAGCUACUUAAUAGAGACAGCAAACUAGCUCAAUGACAUGACGCAAGUAUGACGCUGAAUAUAUUAAACUGUGUGGACCUUGAACGAAUGACUGUGGAGAGAUCUGGACCCUGUGUGCCUGGACCAGUUGGGAACCAAUUUUUUGGUCUGGCUAAUUAAUCGGUGCCGAUUUUUACAAACUAUCGGUAUCAGCAGAAAUUUUUGCUUGGACUACAACAGCUGGUCCAGUGCUGCCAAUCAGCUAUCGACAUUUUCCUGCUCCAAACUGUCGUCAUUAUAUCCAGCACCACCCGAGCCCAUCACCAGAACACACUUUGUAGGCCAAUUGAAAUCCAAUGAAUCAAUCGCAGCUGCCUUAACACCACCAAACACUCUCAGUAUAGCUCCUUUGGAACCAACAGUUCUGCUAACUUCACUGACCGAUACAAAAAUGCAAAGUAAGGUCCUAUCUUGAGCCAGGGUUUAGUUUGUCUGUUUUGGGCUGCUGCAGAAACAUGGCGAUGCAACACGGCGAUCUCCAUAGACAAGGACCUGCUCCCUAUGCAGAUCAGGACAGCUCAUUCUAAAGCCCCAUUGAAACAAGAUGGCAGCUAUUUCUGCCAAAUCAGUCUGCAGCCGAUCCUGAGACAAAAGAGGACAAGGUCCAAAACCUGAACAAAUUUAAAGGGAAAUUUCGGUUUAUUUCAACCUGUCUCCUAUCGUCCUAAAUUUGUUUCAAGUGAUUAGUGACAUAGAAAUAAUAGUUAGCAUGUUAGCCGUUAGCCUAGAUACAGCCGGGGCGCAUAGUAGCGUCAGACCUGUUAAAACGUAAGUGAACGGGCAACCUUCAAGUGCAAAGUUAGUCCACUAAACAAGCUUUUUUUCCACAAAGACCGCCUCAUAUCGUUAGGAUAAAUGUCAGAGAACAUAUAGAAAACGACAUGUAAACGUGUUGUCUUACCUUACCGGUGUGCUGCCAUGUUUGUUUACCAUUUAGCUCUGCUUUCCAAAGUGUGGCCGAAAUAUAUCUCGCCAGCUGUAUCUAGGCUAACGGCUAACAUGCUAACUAUUAUUUUUAUGUCACUAGUCACUUGAAACAAAUUUAGGACGAUAGGAGACAGGUUGAAAUAAACCGAAAUUUCCCUUUAAUGGUUGAAACUUGUUUAUUUAUGAUUAGUAAUGUUUUUAAGUUUGAUACGGCAACAGAUUUGACCAAUUUUAGCAACAGUAACAAGAGAAACUCUUGAAGAUCCACUCAUUACUAAAAGUCUGUCUCAUAAAAGAGACAAUAAAAACUAAAGUGAUGGUCAAAGUUGUCACGGUGAAAUUUAAGGUGUGCUGUUGGAUUCACGUCAUCAACUCAUGCAUUGAGUAACAUUACAAGUUAACAUUCCACCUUAAAAGUCACCGGCAGUCGGCCCAGUGAAUGAAGUUAUUUUUUCUCAGACUCCAGCUGCUGUGAGAGGCAGCAAAACAUCCUUUCAUUUUAUAGUUACAGUUUACUAAUAAAACUCUCCACAGUAUGAACAGUGGUUACAUGAGCCCGUGACCGUCCUCUACUGACCAAUCAGACUGCAGUGUUCACAGCUCCACCUUUUAGUACCAGAUCUGUGUGCUAGGUACCCCAACAGAGGGGGGACCAAACAUGGGGACGGUAAGGAACAGUUCCAUUGGUACCAUCCACAACUUUUCACUGUGGAGGAAAAAAUGCGCAUCGAACUGCACUGUACUGUACUGCUUGGUGGAAAUGGGGCUUUAGUAAGAGAUCAGACUGUCCUUCCUCUCCACUUUUUUAAAUACAUUGUAUUAUUGGCUACAAAGUCAUUUUUAUUUAUAAAUAAGCAGAUAAUUAUUACUCCUACAGCACUGAUCUUAAUCUGCGUACUGUCCUAAGGACGUUGCUGUUUUUAUUAAUGGUUUAUAUGAAAUAUAAAAAUAUUUAUAGGGCUCACAGAAUAGUCGUGAACGGACUGCUGUUGGAAGAUAGAGACGAUUUUGCAGUUUUGAUUUUCUCCUCAGUGUUUUUAAUAAACUUCAGUUGUUCCUGGGGGACUUGAAAACAUAACUCUUACUUUUUUGUGGAGCAAAUAACCUGUGACUUAUUCUCAGCUUGCAGUCUUACGAGCCCACCAGCACCUUGCAGUAGUUAAAGACUAUUCAUUCCUUUUUAAUACAGACUGGUUAUCUGGUUAUCAGAGCAAAUUGAACAUAAAGAUAUGUUGCACUGGCUGUUGUUAAUGCGUAUUUAUAGGUUGUCGUGUUAUUAGUGUGUUCUCAGAAACAAAUAUAAAUAUUAUGUUUUUAUUUUCAAAACAGUCUGGAUUCAGCAAGUGCCUUUAAGAUGAUUGUUGCAUCACAGUGAGUGUACUGUACUAUGCUGCUCAGUUUAUGUAUCGUUAAAGUUCAUCAGAUUAUUUAUCAUAACAUGGUGCGGUUCUCACGGCUUCUUCUUGAUUAUGAAUAUUGCUGUUUAUAACUUUCACUGAUACAAUAUCUCUAUUUAAUGGUAUUGGUUUGCUGGAAUCAAUUAUAUUAGCAGAUUUAUGUAUUUUGGUUUUGUUUUUUACUUAAAGUGACCUAUUUUCUGACAUAGAAAUGUUGUAAUGUACUGUAAGAGAAUACCAACAAAUUUACUGCUUUGCAAAGGAAAUAUUAAACGAGUCUCACUUCA